GGAGAAAUAUAUAGCGACUUCUUCUCUCCUCUCACUCUCUCUCUCUCUCCAUUGUCAUAAUUUAGUGUGUGUUUAGAGAGAGAGAGAGAGAGAGAGAGACAUAAAUAUUCAUAUGUACAAGAAGACAUCUUUUGUAAUUUAAAACCACUUGUUCUUUGUUCUUCUCUCUUUCGAGAAGGCGAUUGCAGAGAACAACAGCACUCUCACUGCAAAGAGCUACCAACAAAGAGAUAGAAAAGGAGAGAAAGAGAAAGAUAGAGAGAGAAAGAAACGGACAGCCUGAGAAACAGCAGACACAGAGAGAAAAAGAAGAGAAGAAAGAAUUCAAGACUGAAAGAGAGAGUGUGUGUGUGUGUGUGUGUUUAAUUUUAUCUUUUCUCAAAUCCCACAGAAGAAGAAAACGAUAUCUGAGGGGUUUGCACCCUUUUACGACGUCCUGCAACUAUAAGAGCUGAUUGUAAGAGAAGAAGGUGGGCUUUUUUCUGUGGUGAGAGGGCUUAAACCCAAAAUGAUGAUGAUGAUGAAUAUAAAGACAUGGACAUGGGAAUAGCAACACCGACACUACUCCCUUCUGUUACCUCUCAUUCCAAAGGUCACAAUUCUCUUCAAUAUCUAGACAAGCAAAAUUUCUCGAAUUCUAUGUCCCAAGAUUAUCAUCAGAGUAUUUUCAGUUUCUCGAAUGGCUUCGAGAGAUCACAACAAGAACAGCAGCAGCAACACAUAGCGCAGCAGAUCCGACGGGAUAAACUGAGGGUUCAAGGUUUCCAGCCACCAGUCCCGCCGUUAGUCGGUAUUGAAGGAGAAGAAUCCGGUGAACUUCCGGUUUAUGAGACUGCUGGUAUGUUGUCAGAGAUGUUUAAUUUUCCAUCCGGUGUAGCCGCCACCGCCACCGAAUUGCUUGAGAACCAGAUACUGCAGAGUUACCGGAAUCCCAGGGGUACGCCGCCCAGUGGAGGGGCCUCCACUGCGGAUUGGUUUCCACACAGGCAAGGGAUGGUUGUGGGGGGUGCUAAUUUGGGGGAUUCCAAGAAUCAGACUGUAGUCAAUGACACCGCUUCUCAUCCUCAUCAUCAACAGCAGCAGCAUCAGAUUUCAAGCAUUAAUGCGGAUUCAGCAGCAGCCAUGCAGCUUUUUCUCAUGAACCCGCAACAGCAAAGGUCGCCUUCUCCAUCUCCUUCACAUCCUCCUCCGUCCACUUCCUCUACACUCCAUAUGCUGCUUCCAAACCCCUCUUCUUCUUCCACUCUCCAAGCUUUCCAAAAUCCAUCCGCCGGGGCUUUUGGCCAAUUCACAUGGGUUCCCAAUAGCGGCAAUGAAAACAACCCUAAUGAAAUUCCAGGAGUUGUGGAAGGUCAAGGGCUUUCUCUAUCAUUGUCCUCUUCAUUGCAGCACCUGGAGGCGGCCAAGGCUGAGGAAUUGAGAAUGGGAGAAGGUGGAAUGUUGUUCUUUGGGCAAGGCGGAGGGUCAACUCCACCGCAGUAUCAGUUCAAGAAUUUUGGUGGCAGCGGCGGAGGAGCUUUGCAUUUGCAAGGCGGAGGAGUUAGCCAUAACCACCAGUUGCAUGUGGGUCUUGGUUCUUCCUUAGGAACGGUAAAUAUGCUUCGCAAUUCUAAGUAUGCUAAGGCUGCCCAAGAGUUGUUGGAAGAGUUUUGUAGUGUUGGUAGGGGUCAGUUCAAGAAAAACAAAUUCGGGAAGCAGAAUAAUAACAACGGAAACCCUAGUUCAAACCCAAGUGCCGGCGCCACCAGUGGCGGCGGCGCCGGCGGUGGAAAUUCUUCAUCUUCUUCGAAAGAUAAUCCUCCUUUAUCAGCUGCUGACAGGCUUGAACAUCAGAGAAGAAAGGUCAAACUAUUAUCUAUGCUUGACGAGGUGGACCGAAGGUACAACCAUUACUGCGAGCAAAUGCAAAUGGUGGUGAAUUCAUUUGACAUGGUGAUGGGGUUCGGCGCGGCGGUGCCAUACACUUGUUUGGCACAAAAGGCAAUGUCCCGUCAUUUCCGGUGCCUGAAAGACGCCAUUGCCGCCCAGCUGAAGCACAGCUGCGAGCUGCUGGGAGAAAAAGACGCCGGCACAUCGGGGGUGACGAAAGGCGAAACGCCGAGGCUUAGAAUCCUGGAGCAAAGCCUCAGGCAGCAAAGAGCAUUUCAUCAAAUGGGGAUGAUGGAUCAAGAAGCAUGGAGACCUCAAAGGGGAUUGCCGGAACGAUCUGUCAACAUUUUGAGGGCUUGGCUUUUUGAGCAUUUUCUGCACCCGUACCCAAGCGAUGCAGAUAAGCAUCUGUUGGCCCGACAGACUGGUCUAUCAAGAAACCAGGUUUCAAACUGGUUCAUUAAUGCCAGGGUACGUUUGUGGAAACCCAUGGUCGAGGAAAUGUACCAGCAAGAAGCCAAAGACGAGGCUGCAUCCACUGAACAAGACCGGGACCAAAGCAGCACCAGUGCACAAACUCCAACGCUUAAUGCCAAUCCCCCUGCCACCACCACCACCACCGCCACGUCCGCCACCGCAAUUACUCCCUCGCCAGCCAAAAGAUCCGAAAUCAAUGCCCCCGAAAACGACCCUUCAUUCGUCGCAAUUAAUAACAACCAAUGCUUCUCGGACAACCAACCCAAGCUGCACCACCACUCGACCGCCAAUGUUUCCCUGCCGCCUGCCCCCGCCGUCGCGCAAUCUUUUUCGGUCGUCCAUCCUUCAAAUGAUGGUAUCCAUGAAUCGACGCUGAUAAGGUUUGGUACGAAUGCCGGUGACGUUUCACUCACUCUGGGGCUACGUCACGCCGGAAAUUUGCCGGAGAAGAGUCCCUUCUCAGUAAGAGACUUCGGGGGCUGUUAAGUAAUUAAGUCGAAAUACCCGCCCUGUGCUUAAAUAAGAAAUUAAACCUGCUGCUGCUUGGUUUCAUAUAUAUAUAUAUAUAUAGUUUUAAUUAUGUCAGAAGUGGUUUAAUUAAUUAAAUUAGCUCUUUUUUUUUUUCAUUUUUGUUUUUGUUUUUCCUCUCUGUGUCUGUUCCCGCUAGACAAUCACAAAAUGAGGACGUAGAAACUAAUGUUAGCAAAAUUGUAUAGUUAAAUAUUCAUUUUGUUGCACCUUUAAUUAUAUACUUACCCCCUCGAUCCA